AUGGAGAAAGAGACCGGAGCUGGUGGGAAGAGCACUAUGGACAUCGAGUCUGGGAAGGAGGGUAUCUCACACUGGAAGCUGAUCACGGAUCAAGGCGUCGUAACAAAUGAUAUUGUGAACUGGGAGUACGAGGGUGAGGGCACAGAGGAUGACCCGUAUGUCGUCGAAUGGAUAGACAAUGACCCAAGGAACCCUAUGACAUGGGCGAAGACGAAGAAGUGGAUCAUGGCCCUUACCGUCGCGAACUCGGUUCUCAUCGUAUCCUUCUGCUCGUCCGCAUUUUCUGGGGGUAUUACGCAGAUCAUGAUAGAAUUCAGUGUCAGCCAAGAAGUGGUCACACUUGGUGUAUCGCUUUUCGUCCUCGGUUUCGCUCUUGGUCCGCUACUCUGGGCUCCCUUCUCUGAACUAUACGGGAGGCAGCUCGUCUUCACCGGAACCUUUCUUGCCUUCGUCGCUUUCAACGCCGGUGCUGCUGGUGCCCCAAAUAUCCACGGUCUCCUCCUGCUCCGAUUCUUCGCCGCUGCUUUCGGAUCCAGUCCGCUUACGAAUGCGGGCGGUGUCAUCGCUGACCUGUUCUCGGCGAACGAGCGUGGAUUAGCCAUGAGCAUCUUCUCUGCUGCGCCGUUCAUGGGACCUGUCCUUGGUCCGAUCAUCGGUGGAUUCCUAGGAAUGACCGAGGGUUGGCGUUGGGUGAAUGGUCUGAUGGCCAUUUGGUCCGGUUGUAUCCUGAUCGCCACCGUCUGUCUAGUCCCUGAGACGUAUCCUCCGGUACUGCUAAGGAGACGUGCGGAGAGACUUUCGAAGCUGUCUGGGAAAGUAUACCGGUCCAGGACUGAUAUCGAUCAAGGCAAGGUCACACUCGGAGAGGCUUUUUCGACUGGCCUCAAGCGACCCUGGAUCCUCCUCUUCUGCGAGCCAAUCGUCCUGCUUCUUUCCCUGUACCAUGCCAUCAUCUACGGUAUCCUGUACAUGCUCUUUGGUGCUUUCCCCAUUGUGUACCGUAUCGGCCGUGGCUGGAACGAGGGUAUCAGUGGUCUGCCUUUUGUGGCUGUAGCCAUCGGUGUAUUGCUCGCCAUCGCCUACGUCAUUCUGUUCGACAACAAACAGUACAUGAAGAGAGUCAAGGCAUCUGGCGUUGGCUACACCACUCCUGAGGCGCGGCUUCCCAUGUGCAUCGUGGGUGGCAUUGCCCUCCCCAUCGGUCUCUUCUGGUUCGCGUGGACGAAUGGGCCAUCGGUGCCAUGGGCAGCCAGUGUGGUGGCUGCGAUUCCAUUCGGCUUUGGCCUGGUCCUCAUUUUCCUCUCGAUCAUGAACUACCUCAUCGACUCUUACACGAUCUUCGCUGCGUCUGUACUUGCGGGCAACGGUAUCAUCCGAUCGGUAUUCGGUGCUGCCUUCCCCUUGUUCACCAAGCAAAUGUAUGACAGGCUCGGAAUUCACUGGGCGUCUUCGAUUCCAGCCUUCCUCGCCGUCGCAUGCAUUCCGCUACCCUUCAUCUUCUACAGGUACGGCGCCGCCAUUCGCAAGAAGUGCAAGUACGCUGCCCAAGCCGAUGCCUUUAUGCAGCGCGUCCGCGGUAUGCAGGCGGCUAAGGCGGCCAAGGCACAGCAACAAGCUGCUGGCGAAGACACCCCUGACGAUUCUCGCGCGGCAACUCUGCAGGCCGAGGAGGCCGAGCACGAGGUGCACGAGGAGAGCGCACCUCAGUUCGCAGAACUGAAGGCGGAGAAGGAGUCAGAUGGAGAGGUCCUGAAGAAAGUCCAGACCGGACGGUCGACGCGGAGUAGGCGAACCAUAAGGGCGGAAGAUGACUUCUACGACAAUCCUUACGAGAUUGAUCGUGUGCAUACGAGGGAAAGCUUCGUUGGAAGGCCGAGGGCAACCAGUGGUGCUAGCGUCCGACGAUGA